AAUGAGUAGAACUUGCUGACAUCAUUCCUUCUUUCGAUUGCAAAUGGUAUGGAAGCGAAUCAACGGCGCCUCUGCUGGUCACGGCCAAUGCGUGUCCCCCAACUUGCCUCAACCAUCAACUCCACCCGAUCAACCCAAAUCAAUUGAUGACCACUGAUAAAAGUGUAAUCUUUGGUGACACACUUUUUGUAAACAAACCAACAGAAAUGUAGCAAUGAGCUGCUCCAGCUUGUUGCUCCUCACUCCCACUUGUGGAGUGUGUGUGCAUGUUUGCGUGUGGUGUGUGUGUGUGUAUGCGCGAGAGAGACGCGCCGAGAGAAAGAGCGAGAAGGCGUCCCUCCUGGUUCCGCCCAGUCAGUACGCCUCGUUGGCUGGUGUGCGCGUGCCUCCGUGGAUGUGUGUGUGCAACACGCACACACAUACACGUCUUUGCACUCAUCCAUGCUGGAUUAGAAGCCCUCGUUUUUUGUUUUUGGGGUGUUUUUUUUUUUUUUUUUGGAUGUAAACAAAGGGCCCUCAGGGACCCUCACGGUGGCCGCCAUGAGCGAGGAGGUUCGGGAAAAGGCGCUGGGCAAGUCGGCUCAUCGCAAGAAGAAAGGAAAGAAGACGGACGUGAACGCUUGUUACCUACGAGCAGCUCGCGCCGGAAACUUGGAAAAGGCUUUGGAUUACUUGAAGAAUGGCGUGGACAUAAACAUUUGUAAUCAGAAUGGCCUCAACGCACUGCAUCUGGCCUCCAAGGAGGGCCAUGUUGAGGUGGUGGCCGAGCUCCUCCAACAGGGCGCCAAGGUGGAUGCUGCAACCAAGAAAGGCAACACUGCGCUGCACAUUGCGUCUCUGGCCGGCCAGAUGGAAGUGGUGAAGGAGCUCGUCACGCACAGCGCCAACAUCAACGCGCAGUCGCAGAAUGGCUUCACGCCCCUGUACAUGGCGGCGCAGGAGAAUCACCUGGACGUGGUGCACUUCCUGCUGGACAACGGCUCAAGUCAGAGCAUUGCCACAGAGGAUGGAUUCACUCCGCUGGCGGUGGCACUGCAGCAGGGCCACGACCAGGUGGUGUCACUACUCCUAGAGAACGACACCAAGGGCAAGGUGCGCCUCCCUGCGUUGCACAUCGCCGCCAGGAAGGACGACACCAAGGCCGCCGCCCUCCUCCUGCAGAGCGACCACAACGCCGACGUGGAGUCUAAGAUGAUGGUGAAUAGAACAACAGAGAGCGGCUUCACGCCUCUCCACAUCGCCGCUCACUACGGCAACAUCAACGUAGCCACGCUGCUGCUCAACAGAGGCGCCGCUGUCGACUUCAAGGCACGGAAUGACAUCACUCCGCUGCACGUGGCCUCCAAGCGGGGGAACGGCAACAUGGUGCGCCUCCUGGUGGAGCGAGGAGCCACGAUAGACACACGGACCAAGGAUGGUUUGACGCCGCUGCACUGCGGAGCCCGCAGCGGCCACGAGCAGGUGGUGGAGAUGUUGCUCAGCAGAGGCGCCCCCAUUCUCUCCAAAACAAAGAACGGUCUGUCUCCGCUCCACAUGGCAACGCAAGGCGACCACCUCAACUGCGUGCAGCUACUGCUGCACCACGAUGCGCCAGUGGACGAUGUGACCAACGACUACUUGACGGCACUGCACGUCGCCGCCCACUGUGGUCACUACAAGGUGGCAAAGGUCAUCGUGGACAAAAAGGCCAACCCCAAUGCCAAGGCCCUGAAUGGUUUCACGCCGCUGCACAUUGCCUGCAAGAAGAACAGAGUCAAGGUGAUGGAGCUCCUGCUGAAGCACGGCGCCUCCAUACAGGCCGUCACAGAGUCCGGCCUGACUCCCAUCCACGUCGCGGCGUUCAUGGGGCACGAAAACAUCGUCCACCAGCUCAUCAACCACGGCGCCUCGCCCAACACCAGCAAUGUGAGAGGGGAGACUGCCCUUCACAUGGCUGCAAGGGCGGGACAAUCCAACGUGGUGCGAUAUUUGGUCCAGAACGGCGCACAAGUCGAUGCCAAGGCCAAGGACGAGCAGACCCCACUGCACAUCGCCAGUCGUCUGGGCAAGCAGGACAUCGUCCAACAGCUGCUCGCCAACGGGGCAUCGCCCGACACCACCACCAGCUCCGGGUACACGCCCCUCCACCUGGCCGCCCGGGAGGGACACCGAGAGGUGGCGACGGCGCUGAUGGACCAGGGAGCCAGUCUGAGCAUCACUACCAAGAAGGGUUUCACUCCACUGCACGUGGCGGCAAAGUACGGCAAGCUGGAGGUGACAAACCUUCUGCUGCAGAAAAACGCCGCACCCGAUGCCGCUGGCAAGAGUGGACUAACUCCACUGCAUGUGGCUGCGCACUACGAUAACCAGAAGGUGGCACUACUUUUACUCAAGCAUGGAGCCUCACCGCAUGCCGCCGCAAAGAAUGGUUACACGCCACUGCACAUCGCAUCCAAGAAGAACCAGAUUGAGAUCGCCACAACGUUGCUGGAGUAUGGUGCGUCCGCCAACGGCGUGACGAGGCAGGGCAUCACCCCGUUGCAUCUGGCUGCGCAGGAGGGCAACGUGGACGUGGUAACGCUUCUGCUGGCGCGGGACGCUCCGGUCAACACGGGCAACAAGUACGGCUUGACUCCGCUCCACCUGGCUGCCCAGGAGGAUAAAGUCAACGUGGCUGAGGUUUUGGUCAACCAUGGAGCCACCAUAGACCCCGAGACCAAGUUGGGUUACACUCCCCUCCACGUGGCCUGUCACUAUGGCAACGUGAAGAUGGUCCACUUCCUGCUCAAAAACCAGGCCAAGGUCAACACCAAGACCAAGAACGGUUACACUCCUCUUCAUCAGGCUGCACAGCAAGGACAUACACACAUUAUCAAUCUGCUGCUGCAUCAUGGGGCGUCACCCAACGAGCUUACCACGAAUGGGAACAGCGCUCUGUCCAUUGCCAGGAGGCUGGGCUACAUCUCAGUGGUGGACACGCUCAAGGUGGUCACUGAAGAGACGCUGACCAUGCAGACGGUCACAGAGAAGCACAAGAUGAACGUUCCGGAGACCAUGAACGAGGUGCUGGACAUGUCGGAUGAUGACGCCUGUAAGGCCAGUGCUCCCGAAAUGAUCACAGAGGACUAUUUGUCCGAUGUUGAUGAAGAGAUGGAUUGUGGAAAUAUCUGCAUCAGCUAUUCGUGCGACGACGCCAUGACGGGGGACACGGACAAGUACCUGGCGCCCCAGGACCUGAGGGAACUGGGUGACGACUCACUGCCGCAGGAGGGCUACAUGGGCUUUAGCGUGGGCGCGCGCUCGCAGAGCCUGCGUUCCUUCAGUUCUGACAGGUCCAACACGCUCAACCGCAGCUCCUUCACACGGGACAGCAUGAUGAUUGAAGAGAUGCUGGCGCCCAGCAAGGAUAUGCAGAUGCUCUGUAAGGAAAAGUCUUUCACUGUAGAACAACACAACAAGCACUUGGCAGUUGCCAAAGAUUGUAACAACGACUCACUGAGGAGGUACAGCUGGACACCAGACGCCAUGGACAACGUCAAUCUCGUUUCUUCGCCACUCCACUCUGGUUUUUCCUCUCCACUCCCGCAGUACGACAGCAGGUUUCUGGUGAGCUUUAUGGUGGACGCCCGAGGCGGAUCUAUGCGGGGCAGCCGCCACAACGGCAUGCGCAUCGUCAUCCCGCCCAGGAAGUGCACGGCGCCCACGCGCAUCACGUGCCGCCUGGUCAAGCGGCACAAGCUGGCGUCACCGCCCCCCAUGGUGGAGGGCGAGGGCCUAGCCAGCCGGCUGGUGGAGGUGGGCCCGGCCGGAGCGCACUUCCUGGGUAAGCUACAUCUUCCCAGAAUGCCGCCAGCUCUUAAUGAAGGCGAGAGCCUGGUUAGCGCAGUGCUCCAGCUGGGACCCCGAGGAACUAGAUUUGUUGGGCCCGUGAUAGUGGAGAUCCCCCACUUUGGCUCCAUGCGGGGGCAGGAGCGAGAACUGAUCCUCCUGCGGAGUGAGAACGGUGAAACCUGGAAGGAGCACCUAUACGACUGCAAGACAGAGGACCUCCGUCAGCUCCUCAAUGGCAUGGAUGAAGAACUGGACUGUGCAGAGGAGCUGCAGAGGAAGAGGAUCUGCCGCAUCAUCACCAAAGACUUCCCUCAGUACUUUGCUGUGGUGUCUCGCAUUAGGCAGGAAACGCAUCAGAUGGGACCUGAGGGCGGGACUCUGUGUAGCCGGAGCGUCCCGUUGGUUCAGGCCUCUUUCCCAGAGGGAGCGCUCACGAAAAAGAUUAAGGUUGGCCUUCAGGCCCAGCCAGUACCUGACGAGACCGUGAAAAAGAUCCUCGGCAACCGUGCGACCUUCAGCCCGAUUGUGACGGUGGAGCCCAGACGGAGGAAGUUCCACAAGCCCAUCACCAUGACGAUUCCAGUCCCGCCGCUCUCGGGCGAGGGACUUUCUAACGGCUACAGAGGAGACUGCACCCCCUGCCUCCGCCUUCUCUGCAGCAUUACAGGUGGUACGUCACCGGCACAGUGGGAAGACAUCACAGGCACCACUCCCCUCACCUUCGUCAACGACUGUGUGUCUUUCACAACCAACGUUUCAGCACGUUUCUGGCUGGCCGACUGCCACCAGAUCCCAGAGACGGUUGGCUUGGCGUCGCAGCUGUACAGGGAGCUGAUCUGUGUGCCCUACAUGGCCAAAUUUGUGGUGUUCGCCAAGAUGAAUGAUCCGGUGGAGUCCCGGCUGAGGUGUUUCUGUAUGACGGACGACAAAGUGGACAAGACCCUGGAACAGCAGGAAAACUUCGAGGAGGUGGCCAGGAGCAAAGACAUCGAGGUCCUGGAGGGCCGGCCCAUUUACGUGGAUUGCUACGGCAACUUGGCGCCUCUGACCAAAAGCGGUCAGCAGUUAGUUCUCAACUUCUACGCCUUCAAGGAAAACCGCUUGCCCUUCUGUGUUAAGGUGCGAGACCCUAGUCAGGAGCCAUGCGGCCGCCUUAGCUUCCUCAAAGAGUGCAAGAGCACAAAAGGCCUGCCGCAAACGGCUGUAUGCAACCUGAACAUCACGCUGCCCGCCGCCAGAAAGGAAAUGGAGUCAGAUGCCGAGGAUGAGACUGAAAAGCCCGAGCGACGUCAUACCUUUGCAUCGCUAGCCUUACGUAAGCGCUACAGCUAUCUGGCCGAGCCUGCACUGAAAACAGCCGUUGAGCGAAGCACACAAGCCGCAAGAGCACUGCCUGCUGGUCACCCUCACAAACCUGUCGUUUCAACCAGACCUUACCCACCAUGGUCGACUGCUCCUCUUACCAUCCCUGGCCAAGCAAGGCUCGGCAGAGUGGGCAGUUCCGUCGUCGCUACCGAUUCACCGGCCAGCUCAGCAGCUGCUUCUCCACUAAAAUCCGCCUGGCCCUUCUCCCCGUCACAUGUAUGUUCUCCACCAAUUAGAGCCAGCAUGGGAGCUCCAUUGCAAGCACCCAACCUGGCGUCCCCCGACAUACUACCCUCCUUCCCUGUGAGGUCUUACAGGACUAUGCCAUCACCCAUUAAAACAGUUAUCCAGCAGGGCCAGUAUCCUGUGCAGGCCUCUGCCAGCUUGGUGUCCUCUGGAGAUCCAUGUAAACCAUGGACCUCCCCAAUUCACUCCAUACCCAAUGGUUACAUACCAGAUAAGUCCACAACUGUUCCAAUCUCACCAAAGAAACCAUACAGCAUGUACAGUUCUAGUAUGCCUUUUAAGAUAGACACAGCAGCACCAAAUUCUUCCUCUGCUAAAAGCCUUUCCACCCUGUCUUCUUUGAAGACCUCUUCCGAUUCAACCCUGUCGGCACGAGGAGGGAAGACCUCCCUGUCGUCGCUCUCCUUGACCGGGAAGACAACCAUUGAAUCAUCGGAAUUGUCCAUGGUGAAUGGGAACGUUUCACCUGUCAAAUACCCGUCGUGCUCGUCUACACCCUCAUCACCUUCUUCCCGGCUCCUGUCAGAGAGAAGCCUUCAAGAAAGGAUCCAAGCCACCACCCAGGCAGCAACGUCUGGCAUCAGUUCUGCCAUAAAUGAAGCCAUUGACUCCUAUUAUGCGCCGGGCUAUAGGACGCUUAAAUCACUGUCACACCCUCUUAUAUCUGCCUCAGCAAGUUCUGCUUACAGUUCUCUGAGAUCUGCUGCUGCCUCCUCAAUUCCUGUAGUUACGUCAAAUACGGUGACUGUACCUGUAUACUCAUUGGUCAGUGUCAUGACAGAGACCCCUGUCAAACCAGGGCCAGGCUCUCUCAAAAUGGCACUUCCUGAUUCACCUUGCGCCUCGCCCUCUUCCUCUAUGUCGUCCUGCAUUACAACCUCCAAAAUUAAGUCCCAGUUGAAAUCGCCCCCCUACAUCACGCCGCCCAUCAUCCAUCACGCCCCCACAUCCAACCAGGAGAUACUAAAAGAGGUAGCAGACAUGAAAGAAGACCUGAUGAGAAUGACAGCCAUCUUACAGACGGAUACACAGACGGCCGCUAAAACGGUCCAAACGUCAUGCACAAGCACUCCUCGUGAGACUAAGUUAGAGGAUGAUGAGCCAUACACGCUCGUUGAGAAAGUGAAGAAAGAUUUAGUGAAGGUGAGUGAGAUAUUACAGAAGGAUAUUGUUAAUGAAAGUAAAGAGAGUGUUGUCGAGGAUGGCUGGGAGGAAUUUUCCACAGAUGAGAUUAAGGAAGCCCAAAGAAACACCAUCUCUGACCAAUACACUCCCUCUGAUGAAAGCUUGCAUCUGCUUAAGCACCAGUCGAACAAUGAGCUCGAUUUGGUUAAAGUGGUAGACUAUUUAGCUAACGACAUUGGGGCUAGUUCCCUCUCCAAAAUUGCAGAAUUGAAAAGCAGAUAUGACGAGGAGGCAAAAGUGGAAGGGGAGGAGAAACAAAAACGUGUUCUGAAGCCUUCCAUGACAAUACAGGAGCACAAAUUGAAAAUGCCUCCACCGGUGUCCGGCAUGCUCAGAUCUCCAUCCGAGAAGGACCUAAGCAAAUUUGCUGAGUCAUAUCAGGCGAGUGACACCAUUCUUGAGUCCCCAGAGGAGCUGUCUCAUGAGCAGGAUAAGAGUCCACUGUCUGACAGUGGCUUUGAGACUAGAAGCGAAAAGACACCUUCCGCUCCUCAGAGUGCAGAAAGUACAGAACCCAAGCCUUUAUUCACCGAUUCUCCAAUCCCUCCCAGUGUCUCUGAGACCAGGUCAGAGGAAGUCCAUAUUCAGAGCCUCUCAGAUGUCCCACUCUUUGUGGAAGAGGCUGCAUCUGCUCUACCUUUGGCUCAGUUCGGUGCAGCUUCAGCAGUUGCCGCCAUCCCGAUGACGGUUCUAGAGGAAGACUCGAUGAGCAUGUGUCUGAAAGAGGAAACUCAUAUUACCACUACGACCAGAAUGGUCUAUCACAAGCCUCAGCUCACUGAUGCUGCUGAGGGGAAUGAGGAGGCCAUGUCAGUGCGAGACAUCAUGAAUGCCUUCCAGUCUGGUCGAGACCCAUCCAAAGAACUGGCAGGCCUGUUUGAACACAAAGCUAACCAGGAGUCAGUCAAAGGUGACGAGUUGUCGCCAAGAUUUCUUGAGCGGGACAUUAAAUCCAAACCCAAAGUAGAACGCAUAAUUGAGGUUCAUAUUGAGAAGGGCCACAGCACAGCUGAGCCGACUGAAGUUUAUAUCAGGGAAACUAAGACACACCCUGAGCUUUAUGUCUGCAAAGGUGAGCGGAACAUUAAGGAACUGCUCAAUUACAACGAGAUCCAGCAAGAAGAGGAGGAGCUGAUCGCUGAAGAAUCCUUGACCCCUUUCUUGGAAACAUCACGUGUUAACACGCCAGUUUCCCAGGAGGAGGACAGUCGGCCAAGCUCUGCUCAACUCAUAGCUGAUGAUUCCUACAAAGCCCUAAAACUGCUGAGUCAGCAUUCCAUCGAAUACUGUGAUGAUGAGCUAUCAGAGAUGAGAGGAGAGUCCUACAGGUUUGCUGAAAAAAUGCUCCUCUCCGAGAAACUUGAUGCAUCCUCAACACGUCAUUCAGAUGCAGAAGAUUCUGCCAUGAUGACUGACAGGAACCUAACAUCUGAACAGCAAGAUAGCCCCAAAAGGGAGUUUGUAUCUAAGGCAUCAAAAGACGGAUCCCUGAAAGUGGGAACAUUUUUGCAGAGAGAAGAACCACCACAGUUUGAUAAAGUUACAGUGCUCCAUUAUUCAACCGAACAAGGUAGCCCCAAACAUGCAGUGUGGAUGAGAUUUACAGAGGAUAAGCACGAUAGGAGCCGGGACAAGCUCCUCUAUGAGGACAGGGUGGACCAAACUGUAAAAGAGGCGGAAGAAAAACUCUGUGAAGUUUCCCAAUUCUUCCGUGACAAAACAGAAAAGCUCAACGACGAGCUUCAGUCACCCGAGAGAAAACCCGUCCGACGAGAAUUCAAGGAGCCGAGGUCCUGGCCGAGCUCAGCAUGCAGCAGCCCUCAGAAAACUAAGGCAGGAGAAGAGGCAUUCAAUAAAACCAAAUUCAGGGAGCCUCCUGUUGAUAAAACAUUUGGCAGCAUUUUACCUGCUGAAAAGAAAAGCUCUAGCUUGCCAGGUAGUCCUCAGAAAAGCCAACUAUCUAAGACCUGUGAGUCUGAGCCCUCCUCUCCUUCCCGCAUAAAAUCAACAUCCAAAGUCACUUCUGUGAGAAUGAAGUUUGAAUCUGAGGCUCAGAAAAAAUCUCAGUCUAGUCCAACCAAAACACCCCCUCCAGUUAAACCAAAACCUUCUGUUAAAAAAUUACAGGAGAGCAAACUCCCGGUUUACCAAUUUUUUGCUGAUAGAAAAACAUUCAAAGUUACUGAAACAUCACAGGAGGAAAGAAGUAAUAAUGAAGACACAGAAAGCACCAAAGCAGCUUUGAUGUCACCCAGGUCCACAAAACAGUUGCCAAAUAGAAAUUUCCCAAAUGUGUCACUACAAAGAACACUUUCAGAGAACGAUAGCGAUGCUAAAAAACAUGAAGUCACAAAGAAAGUCUCAACAGACAUUUCAAGAAUAGAUAGCGAUGACCUAAUAAAUAAAAACAUAAGGAAAAAAUCUGAAUCCCAAAUUCCAGUAAGAACCCUAUCCAGUUGUAAUGACAAUGACCUCCCUAAGAAACAUCCGGUAACAAAACUCUCACAGAUUCCGACAUUGUCAAAAAGUAAAAGCGUUGAGGCAACCUCCUCCAAAACAAAUGAAAACGUUACUUUUGAGAUCCUUGAUAAUGCUCCAAAGGAUUCCAACUCCAAUAACAUACUCAGUUCAAGAGAUGUUUUAGAAAACAUCAUAACAUCUCCAGCUGCCACAGCAACCAAAGAGAAUUUCAAAGGCCUUAAAACACUACCUGUUUAUGUCAGUCUCCAGGUGGGCCGUCAGGCUGAACGGGAAGCCAAAGGGGCGCUGCAUCCUGUCAAACAAAAGUCAGUUUGUGCACUUGGUCCCCUCAGCCCUGAUGACGACACUCUAGAACAGAUCUCCUUCAUAGAUAGCUCAGGGAAAAGCCCCAUUACACCAGAGACCCCUAGCUCUGAAGAGGUCAGCUAUGACCUCACUAAGACCCCUGAUGGCUUCGUUGGGUUGGUGCCAGAUAAACCCAGUCCAAUCAUGGAGGUGUCUGAGGAAUUAGAAGAUGACCAAGGAAGAGCAAUCUUCUCAUUUAAAGAGACCCCAACUGAAAUGAAAAAUAGCAUCAAUACUGCUCAAGCAGACCUCGCUAAUGCUAACAUGCAGGGAACGGCAAUGACUGAUAACUAUCAGAGAUUAGAGAAUAGCUCCAUCCUGCAAGAAAGCACUGUCAACGGGUGUGAUGAAAAAACGGUACAGGAGGCCUCCAAAGACAAAGGUGUUGCAUACAUUGAAUUUCCUCCUCCUCCUCCUUUGGACCUCUCUGAAACUUCCGAUCCAGACAGGAAAGGUUCUUGUGCUUCGUCAGAAACUGAGACCGAAAUGAUGGAGGUGAAUUUACAGGAAGAACAGGAGAAGCAGCAACUGAUUGAACCAAUUAUACGUAUUCAGCCCCCUUCGCCAGUGCUACAUGAGGUGGACAAUAGUCAAUCCAAUGAUGAGGAGGACAAUGAUGAAGGGUCAAUCUUUCACCCGAUUCCCUCUAAGAAAUUCAGUUUCAGAGCUCCCAGGGAAGAGGAGGACCAAAAGCGGAGUGAGAAGGAAAAUCAGGCCAAAUUAAGAAAACAUGACAAAAAUGGAAAUGACAAAGAACCUCUGCUUGCAACCAAUGGCUCUAACGGUUCCAGUGGUUCCAACAGCAAGGGAGAGGACUACGAAUGUGAACAAAAUGGAAACGACCAGUCCAUAACAGAUUGUUCACUAGCCACAACAGCUGAAUUUUCCCAUGACACCGAUGCAACAGAGAUAGACUCUCUAGAUGGGUAUGACCUCCAAGAUGAGGAUGACGGUUUGUACGAACAAGCUGACUUGAAGUCGUUAGGUCCUUUGGACAGCCGGCGAGAUGUCUGGGCAACCGACACAUUCAGGCCCUUAGACCGGUCUUUUCCAGCGACUAAACUGGAAGUUAUUGAAGAGGAGAAAACCCCUGAGGAAUGUAUUAAGGACCAGAAAGAUAUCCCUUCAGAUGGUGGGAAACCGAAUGACUCUCACAAAGAUUGCGUUGAAACGAACGGACAGAAACACUCAGCUGAAAAGGGGUUUUCCGAUACAUACUUUAGCUAUAAGUUAGAAGAGGAGUUUAACUCUCCUUUUAAGACUGUUGCGACUAAAGGCCUGGACUUUGACCCUUGGCCCAGUAAAGGUGCUGAAGAAGAUAUCGUCGACAUGGGAGGAAUGCAGGCGAGCAACAGUGAGUUGAAGCCUUUCGGACUGGCAGUCGACGAGCAAUCUCAGGCCACCACGCCAGAGAGCACCACCGCCCGCACGCCGACAGACGAUAGCACGCCGACGAGUGAGCCCAACCCCUUCCCGUUCCAUGAGGGAAAGAUGUUUGAGAUGACGCGCAGUGGUGCGAUUGACAUGAGCAAGAGGGACAUGGUGGAGGAGAGGCUCCAGUUUUUUCAGAUUGGCCCUCAGAGUCCCUGCGAGAGGACAGACCUCCGCAUGGCCAUAGUUGCCGACCAUCUGGGACUCAGCUGGACUGAGCUGGCCCGGGAGCUGGACUUCUCCGUGGAGGAGAUCGACUCUAUCCGGUUGGAGAACCCGAACUCCCUGACGGCGCAGAGCUUCAUGCUGCUAAAGAAAUGGGUGCACAGGGACAGUAAAAACGCCACAACGGACACUUUAACGGCGGUGCUGACUAAGAUCAAUCGGUUGGAUAUUGUGACUUUGCUGGAAGGGCCCAUAUUUGACUACGGUAACAUUUCAGGCACUCGCUGCUUUGCCGAUGAUAACGCAGUAAUCCCGGAUCAGUCCGAUGGAUACCACCAAGUAGACGCGGAGCUGCAAACCCCCACUGUACUCCACUGCGCUCCCCCCACCCUGCUGCGUUCCGAUGACUUUUUGCGUGACGGCGAAGCCGGCGGUGGUGUAGUAGACCCCCCUAGCAGGCCUAGUGAGCUCCCCCUGGUUCGCGAACCACCCCUGGUGCGCAUGGAGGACACAAGCGAGUCGCCCGACAAUGACAGGAGGGCGGCCAAGCGGCGGGCCAUGUUCGAGGGCGCUUACGCACCCUACGAGAGGCAGGGAGGGCGCCACGAAGAGGAGGAGGAGGAUGAGGAAGAAAUGACCCAGGAGAGGCUGCAGAGUCUCCUGGAGGACAUCAAGCUGGAGGAGGAAGGCCUGGAGGACGAGGAGAUGACGGAGGAGAAGGUGCAUGCCAUCCUGGAGCAAGUGCGGCAGGCAGAAAAAGACUUGUGUUCGCUUCCAGGCUGGAGAGGAGGUGACGCAGAGACGGUGGAGCUCGGACCCGCCUCCGAGGAGGGCAGUCCUGAUAGUCUGGCCGACUCACUGGAACAACCGCCGGCUCGGAGCAGCGAAAAAGAAGAAGAGGAGCAAGGCGACGAUCGGUCAGCUCGCAGAGUCCAGUGGGCACAAAAUGUCCAGUGUGAGCGUGUCUUUGAUGAUGAUGAGGAGGAGGAGGAAGAGGUGGAGGAGGAAGAGUCCAGUUCCGAGGAGGAGACCACCGUGACCACCAGGGUUUUUCGCAGGCGGGUUAUACUGAAGGGAGAGGAGGCCCGCAACGUUCCCGGAGAGUCCGUGACGGAGGAGCAGUUCACUGACAGCGACGGCAAUCUGGUCACCCGAAAAGUGAUCAGAAAGGUGGUGCGGCGCGUGGUGGGUUCGGAGCGGAAGGAAGCGGUCGCCGAGGAAGGGGGCGCCGCUGUCGCCGUAGCGCCGAGCGGUGGCGCAGGAGGGGGGAAGGGCAAGAGGCGGGGCAAGCGCUCCCGGCAGGGCCACAAGCCGGGAAAUGGGAACAACAAACCGGGAAGGAAGAGUCACUCAUAACGGCAGCAACUCCUGACGCACACCUGUUGCCGGUCCGCUGCCCGUGAUGUGACCACACACACAUCCACCACACUCGAGCUGGGAGGGAAAAAGGACCAACGGGCAGCGUCCGGUCACAUACAACAAUGGCACGUUUUUUUUUUUUUGUUGUUGUUUUUUUUAACCCUGAGCAAGACAAAAACUUUAAUUUGGCAUGAGCAAGCAUGUCAACACAACAGAAGAAACUUUUUCCCGGAUGGUCGGGAGAUGAAAAACGGGAGGCUCGCAGAUGCUCUCGUCCUCGAUGUGACCAGAUGUCACAGAACGAGAACCACAGAUUAGCCGGACGCCUUAUUUGGUCUUGUUUCCUCCUGGAACCUGACCUGGUGGUGAUGAUUUCUUUUUUUAAACGAGUGUACGUGCAUAAAUGGCACCGGAUGAAACAAUCAGUCGCUUCACAACUCGUUUAUGCACCGAUUGGAAGCUCGGACCCCACGAAAAACAACAAGCGUGAAUGGAAAGAAACUUCUCCUCUGCUGUGUGUGUGUGUGUGUGUGUGUGUGUGUGUGUGUGUGUGUGUGGGUGGGUGGGUGUGGGUGGGUGUGGGUGUCUGCAUGUGACGCCACUUUUGUUUUUUAAUUCCAGUUUGUCUCCCCUCGCCUAAUCCAAAACACUGGAAUUCACUUGGAGAUACUGCGGCAUCUAGCACAUACUUUGUCUUUGCAAUAAUAAUAAUAAUGAUGAUGAUAAUAAUAAUAAUAAUGCAAGGCUUCAUUCUUGUGCUUCACGUGAAGAUGCAUCAGGCUUUUCAAACUGGACUGUUUUUAUUUGGAUUUUCCACUAUCCAUCCGUUUUCUAUAGCGCUUCUUCUCAUUUGGGUAAUUUGAGUUUAUCCCAGCCGACUUUGGGGCGAGAGGCGUGGUACACACUGGACCGGUCGCUUGCCAAUCGCGGGGCAUAUAGACAACCGUUCACCCUCACGUUCAUACCUAUGGACAAUUUGUCUUCAAUGAAGCUAACAUGCAUGUACAGUAUUUUGAAAUGUGGGAGGAAGCCGGAGUACCCGGAGUAAAUCAACGCAAGCACGGGUAGGACAUGCAAACUGCACAGAUUCGAACCCCGAACUUCAGAACUGUGAGGCAGAUGUAACCACUUGUCUACCAUGCUGCCCUAUCUGAUAUAUAUUUUUUAAUUUAAUUAACACAAGAACAGAUAAUCACAUUUUUACCUGCAUACUCCAAAUGUACGGCUUUUUACUGGUACUUUAACACUGUUAAAAAAAAAAAAAAUCACAUUUUAUGUUCCUGCGUGAAGCUUUUAUUAUUCUUUUUUUUAAUGCAUAUGAAAAGCCUCUUUAACCUUCCCUGACGAUUGAUGAAUCAACAUGUAUGACACAACGAACAUAGGCUACACUGGACGAUCCGAGACGUUAUUUAAGCCGAACAAAAAUAAAUUGUGUUCAAAUGGAAACCUCUGUUGAUGUUUUUUUGCUCAUUUUAGUUCAGCGGACACAUCUUUCUUUAUGGACACCAAAACAUGUCAAAAACCUCAGUUUUCACCGCCUGGGUCACUGGGUCCCUUCCUCAUAGGAUGUAGCAUCGCAUUCCCUUUCCACAUAGAAAUAAAAUUCAACCACUUUGUCAUGUUAUUGUUGUCCAAUGCUGUUAUACUGUUACUGUUCUCUGUUGUUGUUGUUUUUUGCUCUGUUCUUUUUUCUCUCUGUCCCCUCUCGAACCUCAAUCAGUCCAACCGCAUUUCUAUUAAAAUAUCCAUCCCAGUGCAAAUAACACUGUUCUGCCAAAAACAAAAACAAAACAAAAAAAGGCACACAGAGCCACAAUACUGCAUGACAAAGCAGCCGAACAGGACAGGUUGGGGAGAAAAAAAACAAAAAACAUCACUUUUGCUCAAAGCUCUAAUUUAACAACCUGUUUAUUAUUGUGGUUAUAGUUUACAAUUAAAAAUAACAGCUUGUGAAUCAAUCAAUACUUUAUUUGUAUAGCAACGUUCUUACAACACAAAGUGCUUCACAGAACAGGUCAUGUUUUUACAGAAGAUACAUGAAUAUAUAUAAUGUGAUAAUAAAUUAGCUAAAACUAGCAAUACCAAAAUAUAUGAUGAUAUUAGACUAUUACAUAGUAUAUAAUAAUCUAUCUCAAUAACUAAGAUACCAAUAGAUAAAACAUGACGUACAAUCAAACUGGAGUAACCUAAAAAAAAAACUAUGCUAAAUUGGUUGAAUAACGAUUAAGUACAACUAAGAUAAAUAGUAGGUAUAAAACGAGGCAGGCAUAAUCACUUAAUACACAAAAUGUGAGACGAGCCAAUAUAAAAAGGAAAGUGGGAAAUAUGGAGCGUAUCGUCGAAAUCUAGUGCACAGAAAAUGGAACUACAGCAUAAUGCUCAAGGGGGUUUCACAGUAAUACACGUCUGCGCAUGCGUACGCAGCAUUGCGUGUGUCGUACCUAUUGCCCACCUCGGGUGGCGUGCGAGUGUUUUCUGUCACUAUUUUGCCAUAGAAGAGUAGCAAUUUCAAGCUAGUGGUGAGUAAACUACAAUAAGACCACUUUUUACACCUCAGGUGAUUUUUGCUGGCUAGUUGGACUUUAAACGUGUUCCAAUGUGGACUCUUUGAAUGUUGUCGCACCGGUUAAACAUUAAACUGAGCAUGCGUCACUCACUCGGCCGGCCCACAUAGUGACACAGACUCCAACAUGCGCCAUGGGAUCAAGGAGCACAAUGUGUUGUGGACAACAUGCGUGUCGCAUUAAGAAGUGAGUUAAAUAUAUCAGUCUAGCUUUUACAAAUUGUACAUACUGUUACAGUGAACCAGCUGCUGAAUUGUGUUUCACCAUUUGAGAACUCACCUACUUGCAUUUUUUUGUAUUUAUUUUUUUAAAUAUAGAACCUAACCAAUGACUAUUAGUUGAGAAACUCAUCUAUUUGUGCUUUCUGAAAGGGCCCAAGAUGACAAGUCCUGCUCCUUCAAAGGCGCCAUGUUAGCAGAGGAGCCGGUCGGCUUGACAGCAAGUACAGCUACACGAAUCAUGAGGGAAGAUUCUUUAGAGGUGUGGCAGGCAGCGCUCCUUGUGGGGUUGAUGCCAGAGAAGGCAGGGAGGUAAACAUUUCAUGAUAAUGCAGAGAAUAGUUUCGCUAUAGGGAGCAGUGUUAACAGCUAGCUGUACUAAAGAUAAAGGCUCGUUUGUGAAAUGUUUUGUGAAAGGAGCGUUUAACUGACUCAAAAAUGUAAUAAAAUGACUAAUAGGAAAGUAGUAAGUUGAAAUAGUUUCCAUAGAGGCUGCUAAUUUAAGUCAGUCAUCUGAAUUUGACUGCAUCAUCUGAGUCUAGGUUGUUUCUCAUGAGUCCUUCACCCAAAUCAUCUGAGACAGAGUUCCUUCCAGUUAGUCCGCUAACUCGAGUCAGUCACUUGAAUCAUCUGCCUCCGCGCUGCUUUAAGUGAGUCUGCUAUUUGAGUCAGUCUCCCGAUUCCAUUGAAUUAUCUGGGUAUAUGCUGACUGAAGUCACUGAAGCAAAUCAUCUGAUUUUUUUGAUGACUCUUAACAAUGCUUGCCCAUGAAAAUGUAAAGGGGGACGGCUGUUGAUGUCCUCCCAAGGUGGGUGGAUGUUCGGGACCACCCCCACCGUCUAACCCCGAACCUUUGCUCGCCACUGUUACAUUACAAGGCAGAGCGAUUGAGAAAACAGGGUAAAUGGCUUGAAUGAUGAUUUUAGCCUUCUUUUCUACCACCAUUGUUUAAAUGUGUGAAAUGUCAGUCGAAAAGAAGAUGUUACAGAAGUGAGAGCCAACAGUGGGUGUAAUUUAACAUUCAAACUUUGCUAACAUAUCAUUUAAUUGACUUUCCUGUGGCUCAACUCGGAUUAUGGCACAGACGUACUCUCUUUAUGCUGAAAUGGAUACCACACUGUAGUUGACUAGCAGACUAGUUAUGUUUUGCUAAAUUACUGAGAGGGUUAUAGGGUUGGUGUUGGUUCCCUGUCCCUUCAAGUGGCUAAUCCGCUACUACGCAGUCUUGUGAUCUUCUCUGUACAACUAUUUACCCCAGCCACUUAAUAUAUCCUCUUCAUCCACAGGUUCCACUUGAAUAAUUGUCGUUUAUUUUACGGAAAUCUGAAAAAAAACGGGGGCGCGAAGAUAGUUGUGCUCAGAAUAGAAUUUGUGAAAGAUUGGCAAUUGAAAAAUAUGACUGACGGGGACCAUCUCAUUAUUUACUUUAUUGCUGUUUUGUUUAAUAAUUGUUUUAUUCUGAAAUGCCUUAGUUUAAUUUUAACCCCAAGAUGAAUAAAAAUAAAGGUGUUUUCCUGAUUA